UGUUGCUUCGGCAGUGAUAGUGGGAGGGUGUGUGCGCGCUGGUCUCCUGGGGCGCUAUGCCGUGUGUGUGGUCAGGACGGGGGCCCCUGAAACGCCUUCUCCUGCCCCUCCUACUUCUGUGCCUUCGUCAGGAGUGUUUCGUGGCGGCCAACAGUGACGCCAAUGAUACGGCGACGCUGCAGAAUUCCACGUGUAACCAGAGCCACUGCCUUCACUGUGACCUUAAGACAGAGAAGUGUGUCAAAUGCCUCUAUGUUAUCGUGGCCUCCUCCCGUCUGUGCCUCACCGCGUGUCCAGAGGGGUAUUCCACUUCCUGGCCCUCUGAUAGCAACCUCCUGGGACGUGUUUGUAAAGAGAGAAGCAUGCUGGCUCUCAUAUCAGGGCGUGACGUGACAAUCAUAGCGGGCGCGGCAGUGGGCGGGGCGGUGUGCGUGGGAGUGGUGAUCGGAGCGCUCCUGUACAUGAAGAGGCGAGCCAAGCCGCCCCCGUGCUACCCCCAGCCGGAGCCCAGGCAGAGGUACCCCAUCCCACGACUCUGGAAGGACAAACGACCAAAUGCUACUGAGAAGCCAGUAGCAAAUGAGGAACGGGUUGAAUUCUUGGAGCAGCUGGCUUGUCUGCGAGGAGAAGCCACCAACUUUCUGGAGAUGCUAAGCCACACGCAGACCCGCUUCCGCUCCCUCGGCAGUCCUGACUCGCCCACAGACACAAAGGCGAAGGCGUACAGGGCGGUGGUGCGGGAUCUGUCCAGGGUCCUGACGCUCCUGAACAGGCGAGAGGAACACAUCUUGACUGUACCUGGGGAUUGGCGGAGGCUCCUGUCCUGGGCUGCACGGGUCCUCGCGCGGUACAAGAGGCAGAAGACGAUGAAGGAGAGUGGUGACCUGCCCACUCUGGAUCCCCUGUACGCGGGCGGCACGCUCUACCAAACCCGGAGGCAGACCCAGGCGCAGCGGUGCCGCCUAGUGACUCAGGGAGCGCCGCCCCCCCCUCCCAGCGGCUACCCCCACGCCUCCCUCCACCCACAGGGACUCCCCACUGAGCUGUCAAGACACGCCAGCCAGCAGCCAGAUGGGGUCUCGGUCCAACUCCAUGAUGAGCCUGACGCCGAUAAUCCUGGAGGAGGCGGAGGAGGAGAUGCUGGAGACAGGAGGCAGGGACGAGGAACUUUUUGAGACGGAGCAUUACACCCACGCCCUUCAAGACAUGGAGAGACAAACACAAGGGGACCAAAAUACGUACCUGGGGGUGAACACUGAUGGUAUACCUGACAACUACAGCAGCUACAACAACUACAACAACUACAGCUACAACUACAAGCCCUCCACGCACUGUAACCAAAACCACGUGACACAGAAACAGUGUACGACAAUUAGAGAGCAGAUUCUGAACUUGAGGAAUAUGGAACAAAGACAAGACGCAAGAAAUGUUGACAAAUAUGUGACGCCAGAGGGAAGCCCGGCAAGGGAACACAUGCUGGACAGAACAGUGAGGGCAGGGACAACAGAGACGCCGCUGCAGGAGUCCCCAAGGGUAUUUUUAGGUCCUACGGUAUUUGAACGCAGUGCUGUCAACGCUGUUCUACCGGGAGCUGAUGUUUAUACAAAUGUUAUACGCAAACCAGUGUUGCCAACUGUAGUUCUGACAGGUGACCCUUACAGAGAUGACACGAUUGACAGAAAGGAACAGUUAAAAAGGGAAGGUGUGACAGGACAGCGUAGAUCACCUAGGAGCUGUAAGAUGCAGGCCAGGAGACAGGCGGCAGUCCCCAGGUGUGAACUGACCACUGACUUGUGACGUGUUGGUGUAAGGUGAAGGAAAA